AUGCUCACUACCAGCGCCGACGUCUGCGCUCCGGCUGUUGGGCCAGAUACACUAGCUAGUCACCCAAAGCUACCAAGGCCUCGAACUUUGAAGACAUUUAACCUGCCACCGCAGCAGGUCGAUGAAGUCCUACUUUCGGCAUCGACUCUUCUGCCGACACCGGCAUCAGAUAUACUUGGUGGAUAUCCGCUCAGGAUAUUGAUUGCUCCCUUCGGUUUCAAGGAAAGCCUUGGUCCAGAGCAUGUAGCGGACGCUAUUGAGGCCGGUUGCCGGAAGGUUCUGGAUGAGAAUUCUGUCAUAAUACGGAAACUUCACCUGCACGAUGGCGGAGAGGGCUUUUCUCGUGCUUUUGUAGCGACUCAUGGCGGCACCAUCGUGAAUGAGACCGUGACUGGCCCUAUUGGUGUGCCUGUUCAGUCGCACCUAGGCUUCGUCCACAUUGACAAAACUGCUGUUCUGGACAUGGCUGCAGCUGCCGGACUUCGUCUCGUCCCCAAGGACUCACGCGACCCGAUGGUGGCUACGACAUAUGGCGUCGGGGAGCUGAUCAAGAAAGCGCUGGAUGCCGGAUGCACCAAGAUCAUCAUUGAUUGCGGAGGUUCAGGAACUUCAGAUGGCGGCGCCGCUAUGCUUCAGGCACUUGGUGUCCGUCUCCUAGAUUCAGAGGGGAAGGUGCUUCCUAAGGCAGAUGGAGGUCGGGCACUGUCACAAUUGGACAAGAUUUGUUGGUGCGGUGUUCAUCCUCGACUGCGCAAAGAUGCUGCCAAGAAGGUUCAGAUUGAAGCUGUGUGCAAUAUCACGAAUGUCCUUUGCGGACCUCGAGGCGUUGCACGAGUGUACGGUCCCCAAAAAGGUGCUACUCCGGACCAGAAUGCUCCUGGUAGCGGUGCGAGCGGAGGGCUUGGUGCUGGCUUGAUGAUGCUGGGCACCAGGCUGCGCGCUCGAAGCGAUGCCAUCAAUAAGCACUUCGAGUUUGACCGCGUCUUUGAGAAGCAGUGGGACUUUGUCGUCACCGCCGAAGGAAGUUUGGACUCCCAAUCGACUCAAGGCAAGAUGACAACGGAGGUUGCUCGCCGAGCAAAGCGACGCGGGGCGCAAGUUGUUGCGUUGGCAGGGACCAUCGGAGAAGGAGCAGACGGAUGCUACGGGGCAGGUAUCAAAGGCUUCACAAGCAUCAUGAGAGGACCACUCACGCUGGAAGAAGUAAUCGUACAGACCGAGAACUUGGUGAAAGAUGGUGCCGAGAAGAUUGUAAGGAUGAUCAUGGUCGGACUGGUUCUUGGUAAUAGGCACCGCCGCUAGGUGCACUGCCAUGACAAGACUUUCCGGGCCUUGGUACUGCCACAUUGGAUGUUGCGUACAUGAGACACGAGAUACGACUUAACAGUAGAACAGACCCAUAAAUGUGACUAUUAAAGAUGAACGAGAUGGAUGCGAUGGCUUGCGU